CUUUCAUUUGUAGGAAUGUAAAGAGUGGGUGUGUGCGGCGAGCUGGCCCACAGAGAUAGAGGUAGGGCAGACACACACAGACAGAUAAACAUGUUGAGUUACAUGAAGUGAAACAACACUUGAGGAAGCAGCAUGCUGAGUAAUGAUCAUCAGUGCACACUCUGCACUACAAGGUGGAAUUGAAGGGAAUAAAGGCAUUAGCAGCUGUUUCAAAGCAUCAGUGAUAGACAGACAGCACUAAAACAAGAGAGGCAGAGUGAGUAAGGAAGCAGCAGAGGAAGAGGCAGGGAGAAAGAGAGCAGGAACUGAAAACAAGACAGGGGAGAGGCUUCUUUCGUUCAGCACUAAGUGUGUUACUGAAGCCUUCCUGUGUCAGCACCAUGGGGAAGUCAGCCUCGAAGCAGUUUGCUGAGGAGGUGCUUCAGUGCCAUAAUGAAUACAGGAGGAAGCACCAGGCUCCUCCACUGAAGCUGAGCAGCAAGUUGAGCACAGAGGCUGGCCGUUAUGCUGAAAGUCUGGCCAGCACACGGAUCCUUAAACACAGUGUGGAGUCCAGUAGAGGGAGCUGUGGAGAGAACCUGGCAUGGGCCUCCUAUGACCAGUCUGGAAAGGAUGUGGCAGACCGCUGGUAUGAUGAAGUGAAACAGUACAACUUCAACCGUCCUGGAUUCUCCUCUGGCACCGGUCAUUUCACAGCAAUGGUGUGGAAGAACACGAAAAAGCUGGGUGUUGGUAAGGCCACUGCAUCGGAUGGUUCUUCUUUUGUAGUGGCCAGAUAUUUCCCGGCUGGGAACAUCACUAACCAGGGGCAUUUUGAGAAUAACGUCCUCCCAGCAAGCACCUAAAGAUGACACCCAACUUGAGCCCAACGGCAUUUAUUUCAGAGUCUGAAGUUAUCUGCCUGCACAGCGAUGGGGGAUACUCAGGAGAGCACCAGUUGCCUGCCAUACUACUAUCUUGAAUGGAUAUUAAGAUGGAUUGCACUCUGGCUUAAAGUCCUAUGUUUGUAAUCUGGGAGUGGAUUUGUGUAUGAUUCAGUGAAUGGAAGGAGUGUCACUGUUUGACAUUGCUAACAAAACAUUUACAGUGACCAUUUAGAUUGUAUAACCUUGACUUCAGUGCUCAUUUACAUUACAUGUGACAGUAUUCAUUCAUUGAUGCCAGUAUUUUUAGAAUUUCACAUACUGAAAUACAUCAUAACCUUACACCUGUAUUAGUGAACUAAAUCAGUCAGACUCUGUCUGGCAGAGUCAUUGCUUUGUAAUUUACAGCGGAUGUCUCAGCAUGCUUGGUAUGCGUUUACGAUACUGCUGCCACAUGUUAAAGCAGAACCAUGCGGUCCAGGGUGUGUGUUUUGUACUCUAAUCUGUUUUGUACAAUAAAGUUGAUAGAUACAUGAA